AUGAGCGCUAUCAGUCAACAAGAAACGCGCAUCGACGGCGUCCCGCGGGGCGCGCCAGCAGGCGAAGAACAAAGCAUGCAAACGGCGGCACCCCGCGGAGCGCGCCAUCAGACGCCGAAAAAGGUGUGCCAACGCACCCCCGCGGAGCGAGCCAUCAGACAAGAAACAAAGGAUGGCACUCUGCGGAGCGCACUAUCAAACAUGGUCAAGAAUGUGUCAACGGCACCCUGCGGAGUACACUAUAUAAACGCACCUGCACUAACGAAGGCAUCCUCUCACUCCCAACCAACUCUUCUACUCCUCAAGCCUAAUGUCCAACCUCAACUGCGCCUCCUCCGACGUCGGCGAGAUGAUUCAGGCGGUGGAGAAAUCCAUCGUGGAUCUCAUGAAGCACCAAGAAGCUCUACACGACAAACUGAGACAGCUUCAAGUGAAACUGAGCGAAAAUCCUCCACCACCGCCACCGUCACCAAAGCGGUCGCCCACUCCACCACCGCCGCCACCGCCGCGGAAUCCAUCACCUCCACAAGGAUACUUGGACCUGGUCCAACCAGAAAGCGAGCCCGACGCUUCUCCGAUACAAUCGAGGAACUCUUCUCCAGCCCCUUCCAACGCCUCAAGUCGUCUCCAUCGGUCCCCGACGAACACGUUCCUUCGGAGAAGGCGAGCCGAAAAAGAAGGAAGAGUUCGCCGCAUAUCACACCCAAAUUCGAGACAGCGUCCGGGGUGCCCUGACUGCGCGUUUUGCCGUCAACCCCACUUCAGCGAUUCAUGCUGGGUAAAGGUCCACGCCGUGGACCGAAGAAGACAUUUGAUGCGCCAGGAGGCGUGCACCAUCUGUCUGCGAAGACAUCGAGGCGCCUGCAAAACUCGCACUCGAUGUCGUUACUGCGACAGUGAUGAACACAACAGUUCGUUGUGUUCAGAGCCAAUUCUGGAGUUCGAGGACAUCCGGACAUGA